AUGGGGAAUUGUUUCCAAGGAAUGGUUAUAUCGAUGUCUGCAAAGGAUAGAGAUUUCAAUUUUGGACACGGUGAGAUAAGCAAUAGCGUUGACAUUAAAGUCUCACAGCCAAUGGGGGAUAUCAGUCCUUUCCUUUCGUCCAGACCCCUAUCCAGCAAAAAUAGAGUUUCUGAAACCUCUCAAAACAGUCCGCCUUUGGUUAACUGUGCGAAAUCUAAGGCGCAGCCAUAUCAAUCAACGAAUCUCACAUCAAACGUCGGAAUAAGUAUUUCUCAUCCUUCUGAUACACAUACUGUAACCACUACGAAGAUUAGUGGUAAAAGUGUUAAGCAAUUUAAACCCAAACAUUUUGUUGCAUUAUUCGAUUACAAUGCUCGGACAGAGGAAGAAACAUUUCUUUCUAGAAGAGAUGAAGUCUUGCUGUUAGCUGACAAUGAUUCAGAUUGGUGGCUUGUACAGAACUUAAGUUCCGGUAGGAAAGGAUAUGUUCCAAGCUCGUUUGUUGCGAGAAAAGGAUCAGUUGAAGCUGAAGAAUGGUUUAUGCCCAAGUUGUCACGUAAGGACUCCGAAAGACUACUACUACUGGAGGGCAAUGCGCAAGGCGUGUUUUUAGUACGUGAAAGUGAAACCAGCCAAGGUUCCCUAACAUUAUCUGUACGAGAUGAAGAACGUGGAUUAUCCGGUAUUAUGAAUACAGUGAAACAUUAUCGUAUCAAACAUCCAGAUUAUCGCUAUUAUUAUAUUACAACCAAGUGUAGUUUUUCUAGUCUUCAAGAGUUAAUACAAUUUUACUCAAUUGAUUCACAUGGUUUAUGUUGUAAACUUACAAGGGCAUGUCUAUGUCCACCACCAAUAACCUCAGAUUUAUCAGUUAAAACAAAAGAUCAUUGGGAAAUAUCUAAAUCUUCAAUUGUUUUGACUGAAAAACUUGGAGCUGGACAAUUUGGUGAAGUGUGGAAAGGUACAUGGAAUGGUACUACAGAAGUUGCUGUAAAAACUUUAAAACAAGGUACAAUGACUAGAGAGGAUUUUCUAAAAGAAGCUCGUAUUAUGCGUGCAGCUCAACACCCGAAAUUAGUUCGAUUAUAUGCUGUAUGCACAGAAGAUCCUAUUUAUAUUGUUACUGAAUUAAUGUGUAAUGGUAGUCUACUACAAUAUCUUCGUGAUGGACCUGGAAAAAAUUUACUGAUUAAUCAGUUGGUUGAUAUGAUGGCUCAGAUUGCUAAUGGAAUGGCUUAUUUGGAAAAAGAGCACUAUAUUCAUCGUGAUUUAGCCGCACGUAAUAUUUUAGUUGGAGAAAAUAAUUGUGUUAAAGUAGCUGAUUUUGGUUUGGCUCGUAUGGUGGAAGAUCACUACUCUACAUAUAUGGCUCAGAAAAGUACAAAAUUCCCAAUUAAAUGGACAGCACCAGAGGCUGCAUUAAUGGGUCGUUUUACAAUAAAAUCAGAUGUCUGGUCAUUUGGUAUUGUUAUUUAUGAAUUAAUUACACUAGGCCAAGUUCCGUAUCCAUCAAUGAAUAACACAGAGACAUUGCAUCAAGUUAGUACUGGUUAUCGUAUGCCACGUCCAGUGAAUUGUCCACAACCAAUAUAUGAUAUGUUAUUACGGAUAUGGGAUAGCUGUCCAGAAAAACGUCCUACAUUCUCAGUUCUAUUUGAAUUUUUUGAAGAUUAUUUUGUCACAUCUGAUACUAAUUAUAAACAUGCUAAUUCAGCAUUAACUGGUUGUAGUGCUUCCAUCACAACUGUUAAUAAUAAUAAUAUUAGUCCACAUCAACCAGCCAAAUCAAUACCACUUGACACAACAAGUUCAUCUAGCACAACGUCGAUCAAUAUCGACGGUACUCAUUCCGCUAUAUCGAAAUGUUGUAGUGGACGUCUAUUAUCAAGAGAUAAAUUACUGCGCCAAUGUACUCAUUAA